GCAGCCUAGCCCAGCGGCAGGGCUCCUGGUCUGAAGGAGAGGCAGUAGCUGAGGGUAAAGGCAGUGCUGUUGGAAGCUGUGCUCUGGUGCUAACAGAGCUGGCUGCGUUGUGUUCUGUCCCCAGUGAGCGUGGUCUCAGCUGACCUCAGAGCCCUGUGGCAGUUCAAAAACAUGAUCAAGUGCACCAUCCCCGGGAGUGACCCUCUGCACGAAUACAACAACUACGGCUGCUACUGCGGGCUGGGGGGCUCCGGGACCCCUGUGGAUGAACUGGACAGGUGCUGCCAGGUCCACGACAACUGUUACGACGAGGCUCUGAAGCUCAAGGACUGCUGGCCGAUAUUCGACAACCCGUACACCGAGAUCUACUCCUACACCUGCAACGGCACCACUGUCACCUGCAGCCCCAAGAACAAGCUCUGUGAAGCCUUCAUCUGUGAGUGCGACAGGCAGGCGGCCAUGUGUUUCUCAGGAGCCGAGUACAAUGCGCAGAACCAUGGGAUUCCCAGCAGCCUCUGCAAGGACUGAAUACAGCCAGCCAGCAACCUAUAAUAAAGCAAGGAAUGGUUCCCUGAACAAGCCGUGCCUGACGUCUCUUAUUGAACCGCUCUCUGUCUCUCGCUCUCUCAUGAAAUAAACAGAAUGAUAUUCGUGAGUCGGGCUCGUCACCUGUGUGUCUCUGGUCCUGUGGCAGAAAACUCUGCAGCUAUUACUGCUCCC